AUGCCAAGGUGGGUUGAAACUUUCCGGCCAAACAAGACUCAACUCAACAGCACCGACAUUGACGACGACAAGGACAACCCAAUCGAAUGCCAUGCCUGUACUCAGGUGGGUGUCCCAGUUUUUCACUCCACCACCUGCGACACCGCCCACCAACCCUUUUGGGAAGUCUCCGCUGGUUCAUCUCUAAUCCCAAUCAGAAACCGCUUCAACCGAAGAACCGUCAGAACCCGGUCCAGUGUCAAAAGGCGAUCGUCCCAGUCGUCGGGUCGAAUUUUAGACCCACGGAGCAAGAGAGUUCAAAGGUUGAACCGGGUGAUAGUACUGGCACGUGGGGUUGCAUUGGCCGUGGACCCUCUCUUCUUUUUCGCCGUGGCGGUGGGUGGUGGUGAUCGGCCUUGCAUAUACAUGGACGGUAGGGUCGCGGUGGUCGCCACCGUCCUCCGCACGUGCAUGGACGCCGUGCAUUUGUGCCACCUGUGGCUUCAGUUUCGGUUGGCGUACUUGUCAAAGGAGUCCAUGGUGGUUGGCUGUGGGAAGCUCGUGUGGGACUCACGUGCGAUUGCUUCGCAUUACGUGUGGUCGCUCAAAGGCAUCUGGUUCGACGCCUUCGUGAUACUGCCUAUUCCACAGGUUAGCAUUGUCAAUUUCAUAAAUUACAGGGGUAGUUCUGUAAUUUAA